CCACUCAACAAGUCAAUGCACUUGUGUAGUGGUUUUGUUCACUCAAGUUUGAGAGUAAUGGAAAGAAGAAUAGACACACGUUUUGAAGCUGCCCAGAAGGCAAUAAACUCAAUUGGUUUGGGUUUUGACAUAACCCAAGAUAUAGAUUUUGGUAACUGUAAGAAGGGUUCACGGUUGAUCCUCAUCAAUGGGAAACAGUGCCGCCAUCUUGAUAUUCCUGAAGGCCUUUCAGUUCCAGAUGUCCCUGACUCCAUCAAAUGUGUCAGAGGGGAAUCCAAUAGAGUCCACUCUGAAGUUCUCACCUUACAAGAGAUGUUGGAGCACUUCAACCAAGAAAUGUGCUUGGGAGGGAAAACUGCGUCUGGUCAUUUCUGUGCAUCAUUUGGAUUAUCUGGGAGAUGCAUAAAAGAGUUGACUACCAUUAAGUCUCUUGCAUAUGAUGGAUGGUUCAUCAAACGUUAUGCCAUUGAGUUAGAAAGGUAUCAUGGUGAGCUCCAAGACCAUGUCAAAGAAGCAGUGCCAUCCUCAUGGGACCCUGAGUACUUGGCUAGGUUUAUAGAGCGUUUUGGAACUCAUGUUGUGGUUGGGGUAAGCAUGGGAGGGAAGGAUGUGAUAUAUGUUAGGCAAGAUGAUCCAUCAUACCUUCAUCCAACUAGUAUUCAGAAAAUUCUCAAGGAUACAGCUAACAACAAGUUCAUGGAUUCUGCAGAGAAUAAUUGCCUUGCUUCUCAAGAAUUAUGCAACACCAAAGAGAAUAUUGUUGUGAUACACGAUAGAAGAGGUGGUAGAAGAGGAAAGAUGUAUCAUGGUGAAUGGUUGGAUACUUUAGACUCAGAACCUGAUGUGAUAUCAAUGAUUCUUCUGCCUCUGACAACACUAUUGAGAAGUAUCCGAGGAAGUGGAUUUGUGAGCCAUGCCAUAAACCUUUAUCUUCGUUACAAACCUCCAACUGAAGACCUUCAUCAGUUUUUCGAGUUUCAGCUGCCAAGACAAUGGGCACCUGUGCUUAGUGAAAUUCGUCUCGGUUCUCAUUGGAGGCACCAAGUCAACACCUGGCUUCGAUUUAGUAUCUUUGGCCCAAAGCUUUACAUAAACACGAUUCCUGUUGAUGUAGGCAAUAGACCAGUGAUUGGAUUGAGAUUACAAUUGGAAGGAAGAAGAAGCAACCGAUUGGCAAUUCACUUGCAGCAUCUGGCUUCUCUGCCAAAGUCGUUCCCACUCUCAGACAAUGCGAACGCUUACUUGUCAUGUGACUCUUACAGCUGCAGCAACCACAAGAAAGUGAAAUGGAACUGCUUCUCAUAUGUGUGUACAGCUCCUGUUGAAUCAGAUGACAGUCUUUCCAUGGUGACAGGAGCACAACUACAAGUUGAAAAGAAGUGCCUGCUUUUGAGGCUGCGCUUCUCCAAGGUCAUCGGCGCCACGCUUCAGAAGCCACCUCAGUGGGAUCAGUCCUCUAACAUUGGCUAUUUCAGCCGCAAGUAUGGUGGCAUAUUGGCAUUCAUUUCGAAGGAGGGACAAAAGGGUCGUCCGAAACCUGGUGACAAGACCAUUGGCUCUAAUACAUAUUCUGCUGCACGCCCUGCUCCGGUUCACACUCCUAAGCUUCAAAGAUUUGUGGACACAACUGAAAUGAUCAGGGGACCAGAAGAUACUCCGGGAUAUUGGGUUGUUUCUGGAGCAAGGCUUUCUGUCCAGAAUGGCAAAAUAUAUCUGCUUGUUAAGUACUCACUCUUGAGCUUUGUUGUGCAAUCUGAAACUCAAGCUUCAGAGCAGUGCUUUAUAUAAGGCUUAUUUGAGGUCAAAGUUGUUGAAUGUGUCUGCAGAAUCUGCUGGUUUUUUGGUUAUUGUCUAGGACAAACGUUAUCAGAAUUUCAAGCUAAUAUUGGAUUGAUUAUAUAUAUAUAGUGAGACUGAUUCAAUGACUUGUGUAGGUUUGUUACUUAAAGUGACUCACUUUAUUCAACGUAUUUAACUAGUAUAAGAUCCUAAUACUAUUAGGCCUGUAAUUUGUUAAUC